AUGCCUGCCCCUUGCCAAAUUGCCCGGAAGGACAUCGACCCGCCCUCGAUCGGCCGCAAUGGCUACCAAGGCUUCUUGAACAAGUCUGAGGUUUUAAGAGCUGGCUCUGCUCCUUUCAACGCCCGAAAAUUACCCUGCGACAUUCUUGUGGAGCACGACGUUGGUCUGAAGGUCCGUGACGGCGCUGUCAUCUAUGUCGACAUCUACAGACCUCCCAAAAAUGAAGAGAAAGUGCCCGCGAUUUUCUCCUGGAGUCCGUUCGGUAAAGAACUGAACGGCCUCAAGUUCUUGGAAAUGAUGACUCCAUACGAUAUGGGCCUGAAGCCUAACACCCUGAGUGGACUGGAGAAGUUUGAGGCCAUCGACCCGGCCGACUUUGUUGAGCGCGGGUAUGCUGUGAUCAACGCUGAUACUCGUGGAGUUGGUGAUUCUGAUGGCAUGUGUGUCAUUAUGGGGACUCAGGAGGGGGAGGACGGUUAUGAUUGCAUUGAGAGGGUUGCAGCCAUGGAGUGGUGCAAUGGAAACGUGGGAAUGGCUGGAAACUCCCAUCUCGCUAUUGCUCAGUGGUUUAUUGCUCAGCUUCGCCCCCCCUCCCUAAAGGCUAUUGCGCCUUGGGAGGGAUGCGGCGAUCUCUUUAGGGAGCAGUUUGUUCGUGGCGGUAUCUAUGCUGGUAACUUCUUCGAUCAUAUCUCUAAGGUCAUGAUUCAGGGAAAGAACGGCAUGGAAAGCUUCAAGGAAAUGUACCGUCUGAGCGGUGGUGUCACCAAUCCCUAUUGGGAGGAUAAGCGCCCUGAUAUGACCAAGAUUAACAUUCCGGCAUACAUCACAGCCUCCUUUUCUAGCGCUCUGCACACAAUGGGGUCCAUUCGCGGCUUCAUGGAUGUCAACACCUCCCAAAAGUGGAUUCGCUUCAGCCCCUAUCAGGAAUGGCACGACAUUUGGGCGGUCCCUAAGUAUACCAAGGAGCUACUUAGUUUCUUUGACCGAUACCUCAAAGGCAUCGACAAUGAUUGGGAGAUGACACCCUCUAUCAGGAUGACCACUCUUCGCUUCGGGAGCCAAGAUGCGAUUGUUGACGAGCCACUUAUAUCAUUUCCCCCUCCACAGGUCCAAGAUCGUCAACUAUACCUCUCCAAGAACGGCCUCCUGAGCCCAGAUAAGCUCUCCACACCUGGUACGGCCUGCUACAAUUCUGAGAUUGGCACCUCAAUUGCAUCCUUUCAAUAUGUCUUCGAUAAAAAGACAAGACUUUGCGGAAUCCCCAAGGCUGUGCUUCACAUGUCGUGCGAUGCUCGCGAUGAUUUGGAUGUCUAUUGUGUCAUCCGUAAGGUUGGAAAGGACGGAAAUCCGAUGCUCGCGUUGAAUGUUCCUUGGGAUUCCAUUCCCCCGCACUCCAUUGAAGAGAUCCCUGAAGACAAGGCCACGGAUCUCCUUCUCUACAUGGGGCCGAUCGGGAUGCUACGUGCUUCUCACCGUGAGAUUGACCCAUCCCGCUCUAUGCACCCUAAUUAUCCUUUCCAUCCCCAUACUCAAACCCAGCCUGUGCCACCAGGAGAGGUUGUGAAGCUUGAGAUUGGUAUAUUCGCUCUGAGCAUAGAGUUCGAGGCGGGCGAGUCGGUGCAGAUCCAGAUUUCUGGCCAGACCCCACAAAUCCACUCCUUCAAGGAGUUGGCGGACAAAUUGGGCAAUCACGACAACAAGGGCGAGCACAAAAUCCACUUCGGUGGGGAGCGCUCCAGUUAUGUAGUUUUGCCCUUCGCAUAA